AUGGGACCUCUAACUAAACAAAACUCAGAGCUAGGAGCUACUAUAAAUCUUAAAACUAAACGUAUGUGUGGCAUGCCUCCAAAGGAAAAGGACAACAAAGCCAUGCAAAUAAGAAAUAAUGAGUCAGAGGUGAAUUUAGACCUCAUUGUGCCUCAAGCAAUACACACGAUUUGUGUAUUCCCCAUGUUUGCAAGCAUUUCCUUCGGGUACUCCAGUUUCUUUCCAUACUACAAAAAUAUAAUGUGCUUCACCCAGAUGUACUUUUUUAUUCUGGCUGUUUCCACAGAGGAUCUUCUUAUAUUCAUUAUGGCAUAUGACCGGUAUGUUGCAAUAUGUAAUCCUUUACACUAUCACAAUAUUUUAAAUAGGAAAAACUGUAUGUUAUAUGUAUCUAGUAUUUGGAUAUCAGGAUUCUUGAAUUCAUUUGUGGUUACAUCUUCAGCAUCAAAAAUGUCAUUUUGUCCUACAAAUACCAUGCAUCAGUUUUUCUGUGAUCCCAAAGCUCUGAUUAACAUCUCCAGUGCUGGCAGUGAGGACUUUUAUAUUGUCAUCUAUCUAGAAAUGUUGAUAUAUGCAUUUUUCCCAACCACAUUCAUUUCAGCAUCUUAUAUAAAAAUUAUGAGGGUCAUCCUGCAGAUAAAAUCUAAGGACGGCAGACAAAAAGCCUUCUCCACCUGCUCAUCCCACCUCACUAUCAUAAUUAUUUACUAUACAACAGCUAUGGCUGUGUACAUGGUGCCUCCAUCAGAAUACUCGAAUGUCCUAGAGCCAGUCCUUUCAGCUGUGUACGUAGUUGUAACACCCAUGAUCAAUCCUCUCAUCUACAGUUUACGAAAUAAAGAUGUGAAAAGAGCUAUGCUAAGAAAAAUAGGAAUAAAACAAAGAACAGUUAAUUUCAGCUAA